AUGGACGAUAGCAAAAGAAAUGGAAUAAUGAGCGAGAGCUCUCGUCUAGACAAGUUGGAAAUAGCAUUUUUUAAUGACAGAGACAGUUUUUAUAGGGCUUCGUUACAUAACUUGCAAAAUGCGUUAGCUACGUUGCAACAGGGUACAAACGAAGAUUUUUUAGAGAAAAAGCAAGACUUAGAAGAACAACGAGACUACGAAUUAACUAGAUUAAGGCUCUGGGAAGAAUAUAGGGUAAAACGCAUAGACGAGGAGUAUCGAGAAGAUCUAGGAAAAGCCAAGGAGAAUCACGACAAAAUGAUAAAACUCAUAAAAGAGAAGCUCUAUGACAAGCUUCAAAAACAGAUCAAGCAACUAAAAGAAGAUAAGCUACUACUCAAUCUUGUGAAUGCUAAUUCAUGGAAUUCUGUUAAUCUAAAUGAUUCUGCCAUAGCAGCUUUGAAUUCUGCGACUGGCAGUUUAACUGAUAGGCGUUCUCUUAGGAAAAGAGAGAUAAGCUCUAGGUUUACUACAGGGGAAAUCGAUGAUCUCUCUGAUAGUGGGAUAGGAAAUUCAACGACAGCUGCCGAAAUGCUUUCAGGUGCUGGAUACGGCUCAGGCUCAUCUGCAACCAAUGGUAACAAACGAAGAAGGUUUUAUGCGACUCGAUAUUCCUCAAAUGACGAAAACAACGGUGGUAGUCACUCUCAUCAUAGAACUGGGAACGGCCACAGCCAAGUGAGCAGCGGUAAUGAAUCAAAUUUAAGUGACAAAGACUACGAUGCAUUGAACAGUCUAAUAAUGAAUGAUGAAGGAAAUGGAAUGUCAUCAGUAUUAUUAGAACAAGAUAGCAAUGGCCAUAGAAUGAAUACAAGAGGCUCUCAUAAACAAUUUACUGGUCCUCAAGGGUUAAAGCCAGAGGAAUUACAUGAAGAUUUAGCACUAAUAAGAAAUGCAAUAGUUAAGAAAGAAUAA